UCCAAAAAAAAUCUCUUUUUUAGGAUAUUAGUAAGGAUAUUGUUUGUCAGUUUCCUAAAAUCCGAAUUCGUGCUACAGCCUCCCUAGUACAAUCCCCAGCUUAGUGUUAUUUCGUCAAAUACAAGGAGAUCAAAAAUAAUUUUAGUAAAAAAAAAAAGAAAAGAAAAGAAUGGGGAGCUUGUUGUUCAUAGCCACGGCGGUUCUCGCCGUGGCACUGGGCCUCGUCUUCCACGUCGCCGUCAACUCCCCCAUCUCCCCACUUCCUCUUACUUUUCCCUCCUCCACCUUACAAUUCCCUUCUAAUGAUCUGCUCCAGAGGGUGGAUAAGAUGGGGGAAGGUGUAUUGGAGGGUCCAGAGGACGUGUGCGUCGAUGAUGAGGGUACACUGUACACCGCAACGAGGGACGGUUGGAUCAAGCGGAUGCACCCAAUCAACGGCUCCUGGGAGAGUUGGACGCUGAUCGGAGGGCCGUCGCUCCUCGGGCUCGCCAUAUCAACGGCUGGCGAUCUGCUUGUUUGUGAUGCUGAUAUGGGGCUGUUAAAGGUGUCAAAGGAUGGAGUGGUGACUACUCUUGCUUCUGAAGUUGACGGUGCUAAGAUCAGAUUUGCCGACGAAGCGAUUGAAGCUUCAGAUGGCAGUGUGUACUUCAGCGACGCUAGCGACAAAUUUGGGCUCGACGAUUGGUUUCUCGACGUCCUUGAAGCUCGACCGCACGGCCGUCUCCUCAAAUACGACCCGAUCGCCAACAAAACUUCCGUCGUACUCUCUGAUCUGUGCUUCCCCAACGGCGUCGCCCUCUCUGCAGACCAAGAUUUCUUGAUUGUGUGUGAGACUUGGAGGUUCAGGUGCUUGAAAUAUUGGCUAAAGGGAGAGCACAAAGGCGAGACCGCGAUUUUCAUCGACAACCUCCCCGGCGGCCCCGAUAACAUUAACCUGGCGCCGGAUGGAUCAUUUUGGAUUGCCCUCCUCAGUUUGAGAUCGAAGGGGCUCGAUUUGAUCCACCGAUCCCCCGUGGCCAAGAGAGUACUUGCAAUGUUUCCGACACUACGAGAGCGCGUAAAACCGAUGGUGAGCAGAGCAGCGGUUGUUAACGUCGGGGCGGACGGAAAGGUCAUAAGGAUGCUUGAUGAUUCGAGUGGAAAAGUUUUGUCGUUCGUCACCUCGGCAGUGGAAUAUAAGGGUCAUCUGUUCCUCGGUAGCCUAUCGACGAAUUUCGUAGGGAAAUUGCCUCUAAAAUGAGGUCAUAUUACUAUACAAAUAUCAUAAAUAUGUAAUAUAGAAGAAACCUUUCUAUCAGAACGUACUUUUUAUAUGCAUCAUUUCCUAUGUUAAAGUUUAUUUUACGUGAAUUGAAAGGACCAUGAAGUAAAAUCCAACAGCAGAAAAUAAGUUGAUCUUGUAA